CCAGCAUUGAAGGUCUGCUUUCAAGUUUCAUUCCAACCAGCUCUAGAGCCUAGGGCUAGGGGAGAAUUCAAGCAAAAGGGCGCCAUUGGCCGUGGCACUGGCAUCCUCGACCAAGCAUCACCAUGUCAAAUGCAUUGAGGGAUGCUGAUUGAAGAUGCUGCUUGGUGAUCAAAGGUGCAGCAGGCAGCGGCACAGAUACUCUCGAUUCACGGUUCUCGUUGCCGCAUCAAAAAGUUUUACAACUUGUGAGGCACCAUGGUCUGGCAAUUGUCCUCAACCCCAACUAAUCCAGCACCUGUCCCUAUCACAUAUCAUUUCACAGCGCCGGGGGAGUAUAAGGUGGGGAGAAAAGACUGCACCGUGACCAUCAACACCGACAAGACCGUCUCGCGCUUGCACGCUGACAUCAUCGUCGGCCCUUCUCCCACUGUCCUGUCACCGGAGGGUGCGAUUCCCAGGCCUUUUAUUAAGAUCAAGGACUUGUCCAAGUUUGGGACCUUCAUCAACAAGCAGCACGAGUCACACCCAAUCAAGGACCUGCCGGACGCUGAAGCGCACCUCAAGGAUGGCGACAUCGUCACGUUUGGCUCGACCCACUGUUCCUUCAGGUUGACCUUCAUCCCGCUAGUGUUGUGCCUUCCCUGCGGACUGAGCACAUCCAAGGCGCAGAUUGUGGAGAGGGCAGCCAAGCAGAUUGGGGCGUUUCUGGUCGACACUUGGAGCCCUCAGUGUACUCACCUGUUGGCGGAAGACGGCACCGCUCUCUCCCCCCUGUUCUACGAGGCGGUUGGCGCCGGCAAGCCUGUUGUGACGCUAGAAUGGAUACAGGCGUUUGCUGCCCGGGAGACUCCUUCGAAACCCGUACCAGACCCGUCCAGCUUUUUACCAACUUUCACAGUCGCUCGCGCAAGAGCACCCCCAGCCUCGCACCAAGUCGCCCUUCCUGAGGCGCGGCGAGGCCUUUUGAGCGGCUUUGUGGUACUGCUUGCCGCAACCGCACCGUAUGACCCGCACCUUCGGGAUAUGAUCUCCGCAGCUGGCGGGCAGCUCGAGGAGACAGCUCUGCCGUCCGAGAAGAAACACCGACAACGCUUAUACGUCAAGGCCAGCAAAGCUGCGGCAGGGGACGAGGAUCCGGCGGACGCAGAGAAGUGUCAGCAGGCGACGGAGCAAAAACUCAUGCUUGCGAUCCUGACGGGACAGCUGGCACUGGCUGACGUCACUGUACCACAGCCUGCUGCGUCCGAGGGCAGCAAAGGAACGGACGUGACAACGGACGACGAGAUGGCAGAGGCCGGGGAGGAGGUGGCGGGGCCGUCGACCGCCCCAGGAGACGGCUGGAACUCCACACCGCACAUACGCACGUCGCAAGCGCAAAAACCACCGCCCAGGCCUCCCGUUGUGCUUCCCCCUCGCCGUUCCGUUGCCACCCCGUCAACUCCGGCGGAAUCCCCCAGCCGCGCGACGCAAGCCAACGGCGCGACGCCAGCUGGCGACCGCGAGGGAUCCGGCGCAGACUCAAAAGCGGAGAUUCUCUUCGAGCCGGGCCUUGUCAAGGUGGACCUCAACCGGCCGCAGCCUGUGUACGGCAUAGGAGCGAGUUCGCAGUGGGACGGAACGGGGCCCAAUUUCAAGCGGUUCAGGAAGGUCCUUCCGAUCGGGGGCGCGGGGAACAGCUUCGAGACAUUGAUACCCUACGCCAAGGAGCCCUACAAGGAGUCCAACGAGUUUCGCAACCGCGAAGUGGAAGAUUUCGUGCGCGAAGAGAAGGCGAAGACGGUCGCAGCGGCGGCCGCAGACGACUUGUUCAACGCUGAAAAGAUCAGGAGACAAAAGGCAGCUGCAAAGGCGGCCCCACGCCGUGACGACAGCGACAUGCCCCCGCCCAAACCCCGAGCCCCGGCAAAACGAAAACGGUAAAUCUGCCAAAAGCAUCAGCUCUGCUUUGCAACUACAUCCGAGGACGUAACAAGAGGUUUGCCGUGUCUCAUACUGGGACGUCAACUUUCGCUCGCUGUUGUAAAUCCAAGUGUUCAGGACCACCCAGUGUGACAGAAUACAAAAUACGGCGGCUUUGACUUUCCGCCCUUGGUCGAUAACAGACUCGUUCGUUGCCAAACAAGAUCCACUCAGGGGCCAAACAGAUCAGGCGAGGGACGCAAUUGAGUGACUAGACUGCAUGUAAUGAGCAGCCUGCCGAGAUACGGUCCAUGUUCGACCGGCCAGCUCGAAUAGAACCGUGAACACUGUCACUGACUUAAGCCCGCGGCGGUGCCACUGAGGAGUGGAGCGGCCGUUACUCAGUGUGGCUUCAAUAACAGAGCAUUGCCGAGGUAUGAGCAUAUGCUGGCCUUCGCAAGCGAGGAUGUAACUGUGCACAGUCCACUUCAGAUUCGCAGAAAAACUGACUGAAACGAC